UUGCUCACACCGUCGUCACAACUCGAUCGCAAGUGCCCGUCACAUCGUCCGAGGUACGUGAUCGGCCGGUGAUCUCAGAGAGAUGGCCGCCGGGAGGAAACAGGCGAUGAUGGGCAGCUCCGCCGCGGCGGCCGCGCUGGUGGCGCUGCUGCUCGUGGCGGCCGCGUCCGGCGCCGCCGGCCUCUGCGGCAUCGACAUGCAGGCGGCGGUGGCGGCGUGCCAGUCCUACUGCAACAAGGGCAGCACGGAGGCGGCUCCCAGCCAGGACUGCUGCGACAAGGUGAGGAGCGCCAGGUGGAGGUGCCUGUGCAGCUUCAGGGGCAACCUCCCGAGCUACAUCGACGGCGAUCGCGUCAUGCAGAUCCCCUCCAAGUGCAAGUUCGACAACGCGCCGACCUCCUGCUAGUAGAGCUAGCUGUAGACUUGGGAUCCGGCGGCCGGUGCACUCCCUCCACAGCCAUCGUUUUGUGCCGUGUCGAUUUGCAGGGUGAUUUGCGUUCGUGCUUGUGCUCGUCAGGUUAUCCGGGUUUGCUGCAGGUGUACCUCUCGCGUUUCUUGAAUUCUUGUACGUCCAUUAUGUUGUGUGUGUCCACCUCAACCGUGUCGCAGUAAUAAAAUUUGACUUUUGCUUUAUUUGCAA